GUUUUGGUCCUGGGCCAGGCCCUGGAUGGAACGGCUACCACGGACCAGGAAUGCCCCCUGGACCUCCCAUGGGUCCCCCAGGAUGGGGUAUGCCACCGCCCGGAAUGGGAGGGAUGCCCCCGCAGGGGGGAAUGCCAGGCCCUGGCCCAGGUCACAUGGGUGACCACCAGCAGCCGCCCCCUCAGACGCAGCAGCAGCAGCAGCAGCAGCAGCCUCCCCAGUCACAGCAGCCGCCUCAGAGCCAGCAGCAGCAACAGCCGCCUCCAACCUCACAGCAACAGUCGCAGCAGCAGCAACAGCCUCAGCAGCAGCAUGAAUCCGAACCUCUUUCAGGGCCUGAGGUAAUUUUACAAGAUCCUUUAAAUUGGCUGGAGGGAGCAUCGUCUGGGUUAGGCAACACGGGAACUAGCAUUCCAGGGACUGAGAGCGUCGGCACAGCAAACAGUGGGGCUGUCGUCGUUGGCAACAGUACGACGAUCGUGACCCAGGGAGCACCUUCGUCUACAAUGGACGACUCCAACCUAGAUCCAGAUCUUGUGGCUCAGGCAGCGAAUUGGACAGAACAUAAGGCCCCCGAUGGAAGAAGCUACUAUUACAAUUCAAAGACGCAGGAGUCUGUCUGGGAGAAACCUCAGCCCUUGAAAGAUUUGGAAGCUGCCAGGUUGCACUGCUCAAGGCAUUAG